UAAUAGCAAAUGGUGAGUGGCCUGGGGCUGCCGGGAGUGCGUCGCACAGGGCUGUCCGGGGCGAUGUUUCUGUUCUGCCCGAGCUGUGGGAAUGGGCUGAUCAUGGAGGAGGGUCAGCGCUGCCACCACUUCGCCUGCAACACCUGCCCCUACGUGCACAACGUCACUUGCAAGGUGACAAACCGAAAGUAUCCAAAGCUGAAGGAAGUGGACGAUGUGCUUGGGGAUGCAGCUGCCUGGGAGAAUGUGGACUCUACUAAAAAGCCGUGCCCCAAAUGUGAGCACCCUCGCGCCUACUUCAUGCAGCUCCAGAUCCGCUCUGCAGAUGAGCCGAUGACCACCUUCUACAAGUGCUGCAGCCCUCAGUGUGGACACAGCUGA